GCCGCUGCCGGGUGCCUGAGGGACUUCGUGGCCGCCGCCGCCACGGGUCCGGAUGGAGCCGCCGAAUCUCUAUCCGGUGAAGCUCUACGUGUACGACCUGUCCAAGGGCCUGGCUCGGCGGCUCAGCCCCAUCAUGCUGGGGAAACAACUGGAAGGCAUCUGGCACACCUCCAUAGUUGUGCACAAGGAUGAGUUCUUCUUCGGCAGUGGCGGUAUCUCCAGCUGUCCCCCGGGAGGGACAUUGCUUGGGCCCCCAGACUCUGUGGUUGAUGUGGGGAGCACAGAAGUCACAGAAGAAAUCUUUCUGGAGUACCUGUCCUCCCUGGGGGAGUCUCUGUUCCGAGGUGAAGCCUACAACCUCUUUGAACACAACUGUAACACCUUCAGCAACGAAGUGGCGCAGUUCCUGACCGGGCGGAAGAUCCCUUCUUACAUCACUGACCUUCCCUCUGAAGUUCUCUCCACGCCCUUUGGACAGGCCCUGCGACCCUUCCUGGACUCCAUCCAGAUCCAGCCUCCUGGAGGGAGCACAGUGGGCCGACCCAACGGCCAGAGCUAACAGGACUGCAUGGGACCGCCCUGCCUCACCAGGGCUUUUCCUUUUUAAACAAAACAAACCCUACCAGAUUUCUAUUUUAUCAUUUUACAUCAGAGCUAACAACCAGGGGACGGCUUUUUAAAUUUCCCAGGGAAGGAGAUCAUCAGGCUGAAUGUAGGACAAUGCUGCUAAGAAACAACAAAAUGCCACCCCUUCUAAUAGUAUUAUACUAAUUUAUUAAGGCUGUCUUGUCUGUGAGUUCACUUCUAAUGCUGCUUCCUAAGCGGCCUACAGACUGGAGAAAGGGAGAGGAUUUUUUUAAGCAGAAAGCAAGAGGCAGAGUCUGGGGAAGCCCCAACCAAGAACCUCUUUCCAGAGAAUGCCCACACUCUACCCAGGUUGCCACCACCCAUGGGGCCCAGGUGAGUUUUAUAUUACCCAUGACCUGGAAGCGGUUACUCUCUAGCGUUAAAUGAAUCGAAGGACUUGGUGGGACCAGUUUCAGGAUGACUUACCCAACCUAAGUGAACUCUUUAGCCACGAUCUUCUCACCUUCCCUCCCCUCCAUCAAGCAAGGCCAUGGGACCAGGGCUGGAGCAACCAAAGCCUCAGGAUCAGCAAGUGUCAGCCCAGAGGAAACAGGAUAAAGCCAUUCCUCCUUCCACCUAGACUGAUUACCAAUCCUCUGACGUUGAUUUUGAAGAAGCUGCCUUGCUGUCUACGGGCUGUUCUUCCUCAGCAUAGCUGACCUGUCAGUUAACGAAGGUUUGGAGCGGCAGAGGCCCAGGCCUUUUGUCUGCAAGUAAUAAUGUAAGUUAUUUGCAGUCACCGUGCCCACCCGCACCCAGACCAAUAUGCAGUAUUCAGCUAGGGAGCAAGGGGAAGUGAUUCCCUGCUCUUGGAAAAUGUCCCUGAUGUAGAAAGAAUAAUGCAGAAUCAAGGUGACAAAUUUAGAAUUGUUUCUGAUAGGGAUUUUUACAUUAUCCUAAAUGUGUUUUGAAGGGACGUAUUAUUUCUCUUGUCAUUCUGACUUUAAGAAAGCAAGGUUGAGGGCAUGAGUGGGCAUUUUUAUAAUGAGCUGCUGCUGGGAACUUACAGGCGGGGAACAAUCUGGAAGUUUCUUACCUGGAGAGGCUUUCAGAUUCUCUUUCUUCGUGUGAGCCUCCCUCAAGUUGGGAGACUGAGUGUGGAGAAGGGACUCAGAGCUGCAAGGUAUCUGAGUCCCAGCCCUGGCAUCCUUGGGCCCCUCCUGCCACUUCUCAGACUUGAAUUAUGUUCUCUUUCCUGGAGUCUGGCCUGCAGCAGGUGCCUUUCCUCUCCAAAAAGCUGCUGCUCACCUCUGGCCUCGUCUCCUCCCAUCUCUGCCAUUAGCCAUGGCAGUUGGCAUCAUCAGGGUCUCAGCUAGAGGAGAAGAUGUUAUUCUCCCUUAGUGUUUGCCUGUGACCUGACCAGGGGCAUGUUCAUGAUGGCUGGCGGUAGUGCCAAGUGGCAUUUUGGAACUUUUAAGAUUGGAGGCCAAACCAGUGAGCACUUUAAUUCUCGAGACCCACUGACUUGCCAGUGUGCAUGCUAAUGGUACAUCAGAGCGGAAACUAGCAGGGGCUAUUAUUUAAUGUUGACCUCCUGGCAGAACUGGGCCAUGGAAAAUGGGUUUCAGGCUGGGUUUCUCCUGGGAGGGCAGCAUGUUGGUCGAGGCCAUUGCUCUGCUUCCCAGCUGUUUCUCCCCUUUUUCAGCUUGCCUUGCCCAGCCCUCUCUCUCUUCCAAGCUCCUGCUCCAGACCUCUCUGCUCAGAGCACUCAGCUCCAGCCAGAGGGUGAUGGGCAUCACAAGCUCCUUCUCAUCUCUCUUCUCCACCAUAUCCAGACUCAGCUGAUUUCUCUUCCCCCAGUAGUCACCUCCAGAUGCAGGGCUAUACCAAGAAGUUAGCCUAAGUGGCUCCGGUGAGAGACUGAGUCACUUGCUUCAUUGAAAGCUGCCCUUCAUGCCCAACAGCCGUUUGUGCCAAUGCCUGUGCCUUAGGGUUUGUGGGGAGAGGAGGGGUCAGUAAGCCAUCUUCUUAGAGCUCUGCAGGGAGGCAGGCUCUCCCUCCCCUACCCAAGUCUCACCGUCACUACCUGGACGCCCAGGCUCAGGCUAGGACCCCCCAACACCAUCCUCGCAUUUCUCUAUCCCAGAACCUCAGGAGCCUGCUCAUUGUGACCAGCCAGCUCCAUACAGGCGUGCGCAGGCAAGCAGAAUGAGAAACGAGCCGUGUGUGUGAUUGUAUCGCACAGUGGACACCUCCAUCAAGGUCCAUGGUCUAAAGGGACAGGGAAGGAGGAGGAGGGAUGAGACCGUCACCCCUUCCCAGAAAUAAAGUUUGUACCUUUGAGAUUCCUUUUUGUCCUUGAAGUCAAACUAAUAACUGUAUAAUAUGGAGGUAUUUACUGUUUUUCUUUGGUAUUUUUUCUAAUGCAAUAAACUCAUUUCUGCCUGCU